AUGGCCUCAUCUGAAUAUAUCCUCUACCAAUAUACACCGAGUUUGGUGGCAGCAGUGAUAUUCGCUGCCUUGUUCUUCCUGGCCACUGCAUUUCACCUAUGGCAGCGAAUUCUCAACAAUGCAAAGUACUUCAAUCCAUUCAUCGUUGGUGGUAUCUUUCAAAUAAUCGGAUACGGAGCUCGGGCUGUCUCCCACUUUCACCCAACAUCAACCACAGUCUAUGCGAUUCAGAAUCUACUGAUUCUGCUCGCCCCCACUCUUUACGCAGCUUCCAUUUACAUGGUCCUCGGAAGACUUAUCACGUUCCUACAUGGUCAGCAUCUGAGCUACGUGCCAGUGAAAUACAUGACCAAGAUUUUUGUUUUGGGUGACGUCCUCUCCUUUAUUCUCCAAGGCGCCGGAGGAGGUGUCAUGAGUGGAGGUGCAGAAAACCUCCUCGUGGUGGGCCAGUGGAUCAUCGUUGCGGGUCUUUGUGUCCAACUCGUCUUCUUUGGCGCUUUCCUCGUCACCUCCAUCUGCUUCCACUGGCGCAUCAUUAAAUCCCCAACUCCGCAGUCGACAGCUUCGAGUAUUACCUCAGGAUUUAUCCCCCGUGACUGGCACGGCCUGCUAUUUGCGCUGUAUACGGCUAGCAUCUUGAUCUUGAUCCGGAGUGUUUAUCGUAUCGUGGAGUUUGUGCAAGGAAACAGCGGCUAUCUGAUCAGCCACGAGGUAUUCUUUGCGUGUGCAGUGCGUGUGCACAAGUAA